AUGGAAGAAGUGUUUCCACCUUAUCAUGUUUUAAUUAAUCACAGAGGACCUGAUGUCAAAAGAACUCUUGCCAGCCUCAUCUAUCACCGUCUGGAAGGCCAUGGUUUGAGGGUGUUUCUCGAUAAACAUGAAUUGCAAGCGGGAGAUUCUUUAACCCCUGCAAUUAAAUCUGCUAUUUGUAGUGCCUCUGUUCAGAUCGCUAUUUUCUCCAAAACAUAUGCACAAUCCGCUUGUUGUCUGAAUGAGCUCUUAUGGAUGUUCGAUUCUCGUUCUAGUAUUAUUAUUCCCAUCUUUUAUGACAUUCAACCUUCAGACCUUCGCCAUGUUGACCAAGGAGCAUAUGCCGGAGCCUUUCAACAACACAGAGAGAAGGGCAGGGUUACCAUACAACAACUGGAGAGCUGGAUAAGUGCCCUCAAUAAAGUUUCUGCCAUUUCUGGCGUGGUGAUCAGCACAGAGGAAGAUGACCUUGGAGAGCGUCUUGAAGAAAUUGUGGAGAUUAUAUUAAAAGAGGUGAGAAGGGAAGAUCUGGAUAUGGGCAAAUACCCAGUGGGACUCCGUCAAGCGGCAGAGCAUUUCGAAAGGGAGGUUUUGAAUCCAAGUGAAAUAAGUGGAAUCAAGGUUGUGGGUAUUGUAGGACUUGGUGGAUCAGGCAAGUCAACUCUGGUUACUCAUCUCUACAAUUCCAAGCGUUCCCAAUUCCAGAGAUGUUGUUUCUUGUCUCAGGUGAGCAAAACCGAUUUACCCUCUCUGCAGCAAACUCUGCUUAGGGAUCUUCUCUGUGAUCAGAAAUUGGGUUUUCAGGACACGCUUAGAGGCAGGAGCAUGCUUCGAGAUCGUCUACGAGGGUUGAAACGUGUUUUGAUUGUUUUUGAUGAUAUGGCUGAUACAGAGCAAGUAGAGAACUUGUUAUUUGUGAAGGAUAUUGUUGGAAAUGGCAGUCUGAUUUUGGUGACAUCUAGAGACCAAACUUUGUUUGUCAGUUCUAAUAUAGAAAUAUACAAUAUCAAAUUGUUAGAUUCAGAAAAUGCCCAAGAGCUCUUCUAUUGGCACGCUUUCGGGCACUCUGAACCAGUAGACGAUUUGCAAAAUAUGGUUGAAGAGUUGGUUGGUAUGUGUAGUGGGUUUCCAUUGGCUUUGAAAGUUUUAGCGGGGCAGUUCCACAAUGAACAUGAUCCAGGGAAAUGGAAGAAGGAAUUGGACAGUCUCCGUAAACAACUGCCGAAUAACGUAUUAAAGCAGAUAGUAAAGGAUAGUUAUAAAUCUCUUGACAUUAGAGAGAGAGAGGCCUUUUUAGACAUUGCCCAUUUCUUAAAUAGAGAAGACGUAGAUCUAGCGGAGAGGGUUUUGGAUGGAUUGAAUGGUAGCGGUACUCAAUGCCUUCGGACGCUCCGUCGUAAAUGUCUCGUGGAGUAUGAAAGUGCAGACAUAAUUCUUCCAACAACAAUACGUGUAAGAAUUAUCCGCAAUCCUCAAUUGGAGGAGAGGGGUUUGGAGAAGAGCAAAGGGAAGUUAAAAAGUAAGAAUGCACGAUUUAGUGAGGGACUUGGCAAGACAAAUCGGCACAGAGGAGUUGCCCCUUCGCUUUUGCUGCAGGAAACAUACAAUGGUCCCCCGACAUCUUCCUUAAUAUCUAAUGUAAUUGAAACUGUAAUCGGGGUUUAUUGGGAUGUAUAUGGGUUAUUGUAUUGGUGGCAGUUUAUGAAGAAGGAGUCUCCAGGCAAAAAAAUUCUUCUUUGGUUCAGUCAGAUAAGACUAGAAUCUCGAGAGGGUAGAUUGCCAUUGUUUGGAGUCCCAGGAAAGGUUCUAGGUGCAGUUAAGGGUUCGAGGAAUAAGUUCGAUGUACGAGGAAUUCGUAGAGAUGACAAGAAUUGCCUGAAGUGGAACGGAUUCACUCUCAAAGAUAUUGCAGGGAAAACAGCAUGGCAUCCAUUCUUCCAAGUUAUGCGGAUCCAACAAGCUACACGUCGCAUCCUGGAUGAUUGUAAGUGGCUCAACCGAGACGAUGACGAUCAGUUGCCAUAUGAAAAUAUAUACGGAUUAAAACUUCUGGCGUUGCAAAAUUCCUCUCUUCUUCAGCGAUUGAAUAGUGUGUCCGGAGAUUUGAUAUGGUUGCGCUUGCGUCGAUCCAAGGAUACUCCUACUCCUAUCCUUUCACGGAUAGGUAUAAGCAAUCUCAUUCCUUCUACUAUCUUACUGAAAAAUUUAAGAGUGUUGGAAGUUCAUGAUGUCAACAAUCGAGAUUUCAUCAACUCGUUUUAUGAUCGUGAGCCUCUUUUACAUCUGCAAGAAUUGACAGUCACGUGCACAAGUGACUCUCAGAUGUACAAUCCAUGGACCGCUGGUCCUUCAACAGCUGGUUUCAGAAAACUGAAGUUAGCCUCCAAGAUUUCAGACUCACUGCGACAUCCAAUUCCUUCAAAAGCUGUUUCCACUAAACUGUCUUCAGUAUCAAAUGCUCCUGAUUUAUUUCAGAGUCAAAUAAAUAUUGGACACUGGCUUUGGGAGUGGUUAGGAAAACAGAAAUGGAAGAAUUUGGUUAAGCUAAUUUUACAAAAUAUUGAAGAAAUGAUGACACUCCCAUUUAAGUUUGAGGAAGUAAGAAACCUCAGACAUGUAGAUCUAUCUGGCUGCACCAAUUUGAAGGUUUUGCCAGAUUGUUUUACAGAAGAAUUAUUGCAACUUCAAUAUUUAGGCACUGCGAGAUUGCAGGAAGCUCAUUCUCAGAAAUUUGGGAAAAAUCUCCACGCUUGAGUACCUCGACUGUGAGGGUUGCUCUAUGCUGAAUGAAUUGCCGGAGGGAAUGGAGGCUCAAAAGUCCUUAAAGCAUUUAAAUGUUCUCCGUACUGAGCUGACGAAAUUGCCUCAGCAUCUAGAACAGCUGGAAAAUCUGGAGGAACUACUUAUAGGGAGCUCAAAAUUGAUAGAGUUACCAUCUUCUCUAUAUACUUUGAGCAGAUUAACAGACUUGGCCCUGUUAGGAUGCACAAAACUGUUUUAUAUUGACAACUCAAUUGAAAAGUUAGUGCAUUUGGAAAGGUUUAGAAUAUAUAAUUGCGGACUGAAAGCAUUACCAGAAAGAAUUGCGUGGAUGAAUAUGAAAAUUUUGGAUGUUCAAGAUUGUCCACUUGGUUCCAACCACUUACUGAUAGGAGUGGAUUCAGCAAAUAUUUCACCGGAUAGUUCUCAGGUGCAGAGAAACAUUGAUCACGGUGCUCAUCACAAUUGCUCAAGUU